UAUUUAUAAACGUAACCUUUUCCCUCGCUGAACUGAGAUUGUAAAAAUCAAAAGCAAAUCUGAGAGAGAGAGAGAGAAUGGAGGGAUCGGAUAUGGAAGCCAAGGACGACGCUCUGAAAUCGAAGACUGUAGUUCGCUGUGCCAAAGCCGCGUUCCUGCUAUCUGCGCUCAAAUCGCUCCCAAAUCGCUACGUAAAUUCUACAAUCGACGAUCAACACGAGGAAGUGAAGCUGAUGAGGAGAGAAAUCGGAGAGCUGAAGAUGGAAUUGGCGAGGGAGCGCUUGAAGAACAGGAGAAUCAAGCUGUGCGGCUUGAUGGAGGUCGUUCUUGAGGUCGCCGUGGUUCUGUGUGUUUCCACUUUCUUCUUGAUGCUCUCGCGCGCUCAAUCUCGCUGAGCUCUGAUGUGACGGCCAUCUGUAUUCGAUCGUUGGUAUUUGAUUCUACUACAAUGAGCUACUCCAUCUACUUAGCAAGGUCCAUUCAGGUCGUAGCAAUUAUAGAUAUUUGAUUACUCACGAAAAAAAAAAUUAUAGAAAUUUGAUUGAUUUCCUGAAAAAUGACAGAAACUGUGGCUCUGCUUCAAUGUAUGUUUUCCUUGCAAUCAACAAGGGUGAACGAUGUCGUUUAGAGAUGCCUAGUCAAUUUCCCUCGCUGUAUCGAGGUGCUUAUAGUCAAUCUCUCAGGCUUAGCAUUGUCUGUCAAACCUGCAAGUCUCGACUCUUCAUCGAGUUUGUGUAGCUCAUCGUUUUUCUCUUCA